AAAUACCAUUUCAUAGUUCGCGUGCACUAUCUGAAACUUGAUGCUGCAAGCGUGCUUCCCUCCAAAUGCGCAUCAGUGUUGUUUUUUCGCGCUUUGUUGAUAAUAACUGCAAAGCGCUUUCUUGAACUACCAUAAUCACCAUGCGGCCAAAGGAUCACCCGGACCUGCACUUGGAUGUGAUUCCCAAGAUGUAUGAUCCCCACUUUAAGGUGUUUGUAACUAGUCUGUGUAAUGUGCAGAAGCAGCUGGUAAAGCUGCCACGCCGGUUCUGCCGGAUGUACACCACUGAUGCGCUGGCCACACAGCUGCUAAAGUACCUGAAAUCUCUUAAGGCGAAUAUUUCGAAGCAGGACUUCAAUGUGGUGAGGGAGGGACAGCCCUUUCCAUUGAUCCUCAGCGACGGAAAGAGACUGGAGGCGAUGCUCUGCUCUGGCAGUCAUCUGGGUCACAGCCUCAUCCUGCUCAUCCGGCGGCAGCAGGGCGGCAGACUGCUCUACUGCUACUCGGCCAUGAGGCUCGAUAAUCUCGGCCGUUUGCUGGGCAACCCCAUCUUCAACUCGUGGAUCGCCGCGGGAACUGAGCAGCUAUAUCUUAAUCUAUCGUCUGUAAAUAUGCCGUUCGUCCAUAUUGAUUUCGAUGAGGUGGCUACUACCAUUAAGGAACAUGGAUCAAGGAACAACAAUAGCGUGGUGCAUCUGGAUGUGCCGCUUUUUGGCUACGAGGAGUUGCUCUGGAAAUUGGCACAAACGCGCCUCCGAGGUCAUAUUCGACUAGAUGAAAAGUUGGCAGAAAGCUAUAAGUGCCUUAGUUCCGAUUUGGAGUGCUUUCAGGAAAAAAAUAACUAUAUUCCAAGGUUUUAUGUCUACGGUUCCUUGGUGGACGCUGAACAGAUGUAUGCGCCGAGAAAUGUAGUAUCCUUAGACAUAAAAAAUCUUAAGUGGUCGCCGACACCGACGAGAAUGCAUCUUCGUCAGCUAUGCAGUUUGCUGCGGCCCCAACACAUCCAGGGAAUUGUACCCUUCCAAUCGGAUGGCGUUAUCCCGCCCAUUCCACCAUUUCUGAAAAGAUUUAAGGCAAACUAUUCCCCGCAGACUGAGGCCGCGGUAUCAAGGAUUCAUAAUCUUCCCCCAAAAAAAGGGGAAAAACCAGGACCCUACCGAGCUAUUCAGCCGAGAAAGGCCUUUGAAUUUCUUAAUGACGGAGAUCAUAGCAGUGAUUCGGAUUAAAAAUAAGUAUAUCUUAUUUAUUUAUUUGCAAAAGAAAUAGCUUAAAGUUAAAAACUAAGUUAUUCUCAAAUAAGUUACUUCUAAGGAGUUUCUUUAUUUUCCCAAAUUUGUAUCGGAAAUCGUAUAUCAAAUUCAUAAGUAUUAUAAAGAGUAAUUCUCUACCAAUUUGGAACAAUCGAAAAUGUUCUGCGCUGAAUUAUAAUACUCGUACAAAAUUAAUUUAUUUUUUUCUGUUUGUAAGUUUUUCACCCUGUAAAAUGCCCCAUCUCUCGAUAAAUAAAAGCAAAUAAUAAUUUUAUUAGAGGGUAAAAUAAUUUUCCGACGUUAGUAACUCAGCAACAGCUCGCAAAAAAAUAUCUCCUUUCGCUUCAAAAUAUAUAAAUUGAGACUACGAAAUUGUAGAAUUAUGUAUCAGCUUCUGUGUCUUCAUCCGACCAGGAAUCGGCAAGGCGCUCGAACUCAUCACUCGCUUCUUCUUUAGACUUACAGAUUGCAAUAUUAUCGCCACCAGCAGAGAGUUCUUGAAUUACAUCUGAAUCGAUUGAGUUCUUUGAAUCCUCUUUCUUUAAAAUUAUAUUACCGAAUUCUUUUUCAGAAUGCUUUGAAGAAAUCAUAUCCAUCUCAUCUUGAGUUUCUUCUUCUGACUUACAGAUUGCAAUAUUUUCGCCACCAGCACAGGGUUCGUGAAUUACAUCUGAAUUGAUUGAGUUCUUUGUACCCUCCUCUUUCUUUAAAAUUAUAUUACCAAAUUCUUUUUCAGAAAUCUUUGAAGAAAUGUCCACCUCAUCUUGAGUUUCGGAUUUAAUAAUUAAUUGAGUGGGUUUAACUUCGACGUUGCAGUUACGGAGUUUUAAAAAUUUCAAUAUCAAUGAUUUCUUGCAGAUUGCAAUAUUAUCGCCACCAGCACAGGGUUCUUGAAUUACAUCUGAAUCGAUUGAGUUCUUUGAAUCCUCCUCUUUCUUUAAAAUUAUAUUACCGAAUUCUUUUUCAGAAUGCUUUGAAGAAAUCAUAUCCAUCUCAUCUUGAGUUUCUUCUUCUGACUUACAGACUGCAAUAUUAUCGCCACCAGCACAGGGUUCGUGAAUUACAUCUGAAUUGAUUGAGUUCUUUGUAUCCUCCUCUUUCUUUAAAAUAAUAUUACCAAAUUCUUUUUCAGAAUGCUUUGAAGAAGUCAUGUCCAUCUCAUCUUGAAUUUCGGAUUUAAUAAUUAAUUGAGUU